CUCUCUGGCUGUAUUCUGGUUUUAAUCGGAUCCUCAUGAAGCUGCAGCUCCGGGAAACUUUCUCACUCUCACCCGGGAAUAAAGUCUCCGAGUCGGACCCGCUGCUCGGUCCUCCCCUCUCCUCCAGACCCGGAGCACCGACCGCCGGCGGGCAGCGAACCCGGGCCCGGGCUCGGGAGGUUGGGCUCGCGCGCUGCGAGGCUCCGCUGGAUGGAAGCUUGACGCACGGUUUCCUCUGGUUGGAGCCGCGAUGGAAGCGGCGGACCCGGCCUGUCCUCUGGCGAUGUGACCGAGGAUCGAGCCUCUCUGUCGACGCUGAAAACAGAAACUAAAGAUCUGCUGCGAUCUCUCAGCGCGACCGCACAUGUGAGUUUCCUCCAGCAGGGGGCGUGAGGAUCCCAAACUCUUGUUCCCCUGAUUUUAUACAUUUUUUUGGUUCAUUUCUUUUUCCAAGAUGUCCGACAGUGAGAGGAAGCUUUUGUUGCAGGAUUUCAUUGGUGAGGAGUUUGACUCGAGGCCGAGGAGGUCGCAGGAGACGCUCGGCUGAGGUUUGAAUCGGAGGAAUCGAACGUUACAAACGUUUCUCUCUCUGGAUGUUGUUCACUUUCUCCUGCCUGGACGACGUCAUAAAAAGCUGCCAAUGUCGGCCGACAACAGCCCGCCACCGCCGCCGGCCUCGCCCCGCGCCUUCGCCACCCUCCCUCAGCACGCGGCCCCGCCCACUCCCUCGCCGUCACCCAGCCCGCCCGCCACCCUCCUCGGCCGCCUGUCCAACGGCAGCCUGCCGAUCCCGAGCCGCACGAACUCCCGCGGCUCCAUCCAGGGCGUCUCCUUCCUGCUGCAGAUCGGACUGACCCGGGAGACGGUGACCCUCGACCCCGGAGACCACUCCCUCCCCGCCGUCAGGGAGCUCGUCUGCUCCAUCGUGGAUCAGAAGUUCCCAGAAUGUGGAUUCUUCGGGAUGUACGACAAGAUCCUGCUCUUCCGUCACGACCUGAGCUCGGACAACAUCCUGCAGCGGCUGACGUGUGCGGAGGAGAUCCACGAGGGCGACCUGGUGGAGGUGGUGCUCUCCGCUCUCGCCACCGCCGAGGAUUUCCAGAUCCGGCCUCACGCGCUGUACGUCCACUCCUACAAGGCGCCGGCGUUCUGUGACGACUGCGGGGAGAUGCUGUGGGGCCUCGUCCGGCAGGGCCUCAAGUGUGAAGGAUGUGGACUGAACUACCACAAGCGAUGUGCGUUCAAGAUCCCCAACAACUGCAGCGGCGUGAAGAAGAGGCGUCUGUCCAACGUGUCCCUGCCGGGCUCCGUCAUGUCCAUCGCUCGUCCUCCGUCCACGGAGUUCACCCCGACGCCGCCGGAGGAGCAGCGCCCCCUCCUGGGCGCCGCCAAGCGUAACUCCCUGCUGAGCGGCCGUCCCAUCUGGAUGGAGAAGAUGGUCCUGGGCCGGGUCAAGGUCCCUCACACCUUCUCCGUGCACACGUACACUCGUCCCACCAUCUGUCAGUUCUGCAAACGGCUGCUGAAGGGCCUGUUCCGCCAGGGGAUGCAGUGCAAAGAUUGUAAAUUUAACUGCCACAAGAGAUGUGCAGCCAAAGUUCCUCGGGACUGUCUGGGCGAGGUCGACUUCAACGGAGAACCGGCCAGUCCCAAUCUGGACUCCGAGGCCACGAUGGAGGUGGACAACUGCGACGUGAACAGCGACGGAGGACAGAGCAUGGACGACCAGGACGAGUCCACCCCCGAGGACAAGCUCUUCUUCAUCGAGGGGACGGGCACGGACGGCGAGAAAGACGACGAGACGCUCAGAGCCAUCAGCCCGUGCACCAGCAGUAACAUCCCCCUGAUGCGAGUGGUUCAGUCCAUCAAACACACAAAGAGGAGGAGCUCCACGGUGGUGAAGGAGGGGUGGAUGGUUCACUUCACCAGCCGCGACAACCUGAGGAAGAGACAUUACUGGAGGCUGGACAGCAAGAGCCUGACGCUGCUUCAGAAUGAAAGUGGAGCCAAGUUCUACAAGGAGAUCCCGCUGUCUGAGAUCCUGCAGGUGGAGCCGGCGCAGGACUUCAGCCUCCUCCCCCCCGGCAGCAACCCGCACUGCUGCGAGGUGACCACGGCCAACAUGGUGUACUACGUGGGGGAGAACAACGGCGGCCUGUACCACAACCCCGUCCUGGCAGCGUCCGGUGUGGGGCGGGACGUGGGCCAGAGCUGGGAGAAGGCCAUCCGUCACGCCCUGAUGCCCGUCACGCCCACGGCCAGCGUGGGCACCGGUCCGGGCAAAGGGAAGGACCACAAGGAGAUCUCCAUCAGCAUAUCAGUGUCCAACUCCCAGAUACAAGAAAAUGUGGACAUCAGUUCAGUUUAUCAGAUCUUCGCAGACGACGUCCUCGGCUCCGGACAGUUCGGGAUCGUCUACGGAGGGAAACACAGGAAGAGCGGCAGAGACGUGGCCAUCAAGAUCAUCGACAAGAUGAGGUUCCCCACCAAACAGGAGAGUCAGCUGAGGAACGAGGUGGCCGUGCUCCGGAACCUCCAGCACCGUGGCAUCGUGAACCUGGAGUGCAUGUUCGAGACGCCUGAGCGGGUGUUCGUGGUGAUGGAGAAGCUCCAUGGAGACAUGCUGGAGAUGAUCCUAUCCAGCGAGAGGAGUCGGCUCCCUGAACGUCUCACCAAGUUCCUGGUCACACAGAUCCUCGUGGCCCUCAGACAUCUUCACCUCAAGAACAUCGUCCACUGUGACCUGAAGCCGGAGAACGUCCUCCUGGCCUCAGCAGACCCGUUUCCUCAGGUGAAACUCUGUGACUUCGGCUUCGCUCGCAUCAUCGGGGAGAAGUCCUUCCGCCGCUCCGUGGUCGGCACGCCGGCUUAUCUGGCGCCGGAGGUUCUUCGCAGCAAAGGCUACAACCGGUCCCUGGACAUGUGGUCGGUCGGCGUCAUCGUCUACGUCAGCCUGAGCGGAACGUUUCCCUUCAACGAAGACGAGGAGAUCGACCACCAGAUCCAGAACGCCGCCUUCAUGUACCCGCCCAACCCCUGGAGGGAGAUCUCCGAGCCGGCCACGGACCUGAUCAACAACCUGCUGCAGGUGAAGAUGAGGAAGCGCUACAGCGUGGCCAAAUCGCUGAGUCACCCCUGGCUGCAGGACUACCGGACCUGGCUCGACCUCCGGGAGUUCGAGACCAAGCGCGGCGAGCGCUACAUCACCCACGACAGUGACGACGCCCGCUGGGAGGAGCACGCCGACGAGGCGGGGCUGCCCUUCCCCAAACACUUCAUCAUGUCUCCGAACCUGGACGACAUGGAGGAGGACCCCUAGUGGCGGCAGGAGGCAGGACACUUCCUAAGAUGAAGCAGCAGACAGCCCCCCCCCCCCACCAGGGGACAGAGGACGCGCUGGUCAGGUUCAUGAUGAGGACAAUCAGCUCCAGAGGGAUUUUCCAAUGCAUUUUAUCUUUUUCAAGUUUUUAUUUUUAUUUUUACAAACUAUAAGAAACCAUCCUGAGAACUGAAAUCGGAAGAUUUUAAAUAACGGUCUUUUCCUGAGACUUUACGAUCGGACUCCAUGUUUUUACUAAGUGACUCUUCGGCCUCAAGAAGAAGUUUUACACGUUUACUUCAACAAACUCAGAAGAAACUAAAAUGUGACUUUAAUGUUUUGCUAAUUUUUUGUUCUUUGCACUUUCGGGGAAAUCUGAAAAAAACAAGAGAUUAACUUUUGGUUUGUUCUAAUAUUAUAAAUAUUUCUAGAGUUUCUGAAGAUUUUUGUUUAGUUAAAUAAGUGAUGAGUCGUUACUAUUUUUGCAGAAAACAAAUCAAAAGAGAUUUUCUAAAUGAUUUUUCUGUGACGAAGACGAACUGAGAAUCCAGAUCCGACUCCAGCCUGAGAAUUUAUUUCACGUUUUAUAUCUUUGAAAGAAACUUUGUGUCAUGUGGAUGAUUUUGAUGAGAAAAUAUUAAAGUCAAAACUUUUCAAACUGA